GCCAAUAUACGGAAAUGACACUACUACUAUCUGGCAUCGCUGAUGCGUUGUACCGGCGUGCGAGAACAUAACUGUCCUACGUGAGAGACUUAUCGCGUCUAAAGGUCACCUGGAGGUUGAAAAAUUUCUCCACUGAAGCAAUAACCGUAGCACCGGUACGAACUGAUUACACAAUUCUGUAAAGCAGCAGUUAAACUGGUCAGCAAGAUGGGUCGCAAAUUCUGUGUCGGAGGCAACUGGAAGAUGAAUGGCGAUAAGGCUAGCAUCACCGAACUGUGCAAAGUGCUGACCACUGGACCACUGAAUGCCGAUACCGAGGUGGUGGUCGGAUGUCCAGCCCCCUAUCUGUCGCUAGCACGUUCCCAACUGCCGGACAGUGUUGGAGUUGCUGCUCAGAACUCGUACAAGGUCGCGAAAGGUGCCUUCACGGGCGAAAUCUCUCCGGCCAUGCUGAAGGAUUUGAACAUUGGCUGGGUUAUUCUCGGUCACUCGGAACGGCGCGCCAUUUUCGGCGAAUCGGACGAACUGAUUGCGGACAAAAUUGCUCAUGCACUUGCCGAAGGUUUGAAGGUGAUCGCGUGUAUCGGAGAAACACUGCAGGAGCGCGAAGCUGGUCAAACCGAGGCUGUUUGCUUCCGGCAAACGAAAGCCAUUGCCGAUAAGGUGAAGGACUGGAGCAAUGUAGUGAUCGCGUACGAGCCAGUUUGGGCUAUUGGCACUGGUAAAACAGCUACCCCGGAGCAGGCCCAGGAGGUCCAUGCAGCGCUGAGAAAAUGGUUUACCGAAAACGUGUCUGCUGAUGUUUCCGGAGCAAUUCGUAUCCAGUACGGUGGUUCGGUUACUGCUGCCAACUGCCGGGAGCUGGCUGCCAAACCAGAUAUCGACGGAUUCCUGGUGGGAGGUGCAUCUCUUAAACCGGAAUUCAUUCAGAUUGUGAACGCUAGACAGUGAGCAUCACUACUAAUAGGUCAUUUGGAGAAGUGAAAUACAUGAUACACGAGUUUGGCUUCUUGGGAAAAACGACUAGCCCAAGACGACAGUUUCACCAGUACAUUAUAACGUAAGAGCAAAUUCUAAUCUGUUAUCAGCUAAGCGAUAAAAUUAUGCAGAGAUUAUUCAGUAGAAAAAAAUAUGAGAUUCAUUU